GGUAAUCUGCUAUUCCCCUUUUCUCUCUUCCCUGAUUUUUGGUUUCAAUUUUGUUGUCUGUACAUUUAUUUGGACCUUAUUUUGUUAUAUUCUCUCUAUACUCAAUGCCUACUAAUUUUCUAUUGAUGCCUAUUUGAUUGAUUCAUUGAUUGAUUCUCCAUGAUAGACAAAUCUAGCUGCAGUUUUGAGAUUAAUGCUCAUUGUUUCUGUAGUAGAUUGAUACCCAAAUAGUAGGAGCAGUUGGAUUUUAAUUUUUAUCUGCUUGUGCUAUUUAUAUGGGGAUGGAAAGCUAGGUGUUUCAGUGUCGUCUAAUGUAUAUUCAAGUUAAAACAUGUAAUGUUUGAGGCGAUGACGCCAUGAGGUGGUGAUGGCCUGAUCUUUAACUCUUCUUUUAAAUUAAAUGAUUCUAUUGCCACUGCCUAUAGAUACAUUUGAAGGACAACUAAACCUUUCCUUCUUGAAACCAAUGAGAUACUAGUAAACCAGUCUAGGCUAUGAGCAAAAAUUUUUGUACAUGCAAGUGGCAAUAGAGUCGUUACUUCAAGGUGGAUCAUAGCUGAAAGCACCAUGUUUUCUCCUCCCGACUAGGAAAGAUUGAAGUUUCCUCUAUCAGUGUUAAGAAGGCCUUUAAUCUGUCUUGUCAAGGCAUUAAAGUUAGUAUAGAUACCGGAAUCAUCAGUGGUGUGGCUCAGUGAUGCUAACCUGUCGGCAACUUUGUUGGCUUCCGGCUUCCCUAAAGAAGUGGUUGGUAGUGACUUGGUCGGAACCCAUCAAGAGCAUAAUCAUAUUGGAAAUGUCUUCAAAUCUCCAAGGUCUUGUCCAGUACCCUUGGAUUCAGAAGAGAAUCAAUUUCACCAAAUAAGCAUCCUGAGAUCAUUCUGAGUGCACCAAUUGAGACCAAAGAGAAUGAUGCAGCUUCAGUCAGAUUACUGUUCCCUCUUCCAAGUGUUAGACAUAAAGCGAUAACUUGCUAGCCUUGUCCCUCACCACUCCAACUCCUCUGCAGUUCCCUUCAAUACAAGAGCCAUUUGUAUUAAGCUUCAUAAAGGGAUGGUGAGAUUUGAUCCAAGAGACUGCAAUAGAUAUAUUUUUCAGAAGUUUCAAGUCCAUCAGUUGACAGAUACCAUUCUAAUUAUCAGGGAUUGGAUAGUUGGGAAACUGAGGUUUAGUGAGCUGACUGAUGUUGAAGUUAAUAAGAGUAGUGGACCUGCUCAAAGAGAGAUUUUCAUCAUCAUAUUUAGCACUACAUCUAGACCUCCUUAGCUCCGAAAGAAUGAUAGAUGGUAUGACUUUAAGAGUAAAGGAAGCUAUGGAGUUUCUGUCUUUGAAGUUCCAAACGGCACGUAAGAUGUUUCCCAGGGAGGAUCUCCUUUUAUUGAUGCCCCAGCUUUGUUCUACAAAAUGGCCAGAGAUAAAAAUGUGCUCAGCUGUUUCUCCUCUUGGUCUUCUACUAGUUCCAGGGCAGCAGCAACAUAUGGACAUCAGUUCCAGGGCAGCAGCAAAGAUGAUCUCGUGGCUUGUAGGAUCGAAAGGGGUCAACCUGAAUGCACGGCUUUAUAUACAGGAACUGCCAUCUGUUAAGAUUUCAACAAACCCUUGGGUGAUGUAAUGACCCAAAGUUGUUAUGUCUGCAUGCGCCAAUUGAAUAAUCGUGAAAAAGAGAAUGAGAUCAGCUGAUAUUUUACAAGGAAUGGUGGAGAUAAUAAUAAAACAACGGUGGAGGUUAGCCCAAUUAUUAAGGCAGCCAGCUCAGCACCAACUCAAUCAAUUCUAUAAAUAGCCUUAACAGAAAUUGGGAUCGGCAUCGGCAGUUAUGAAAUUGAGCAGAAUUCUCCUUGUCUAAUCUUCUAGAACCUUCUUCUUUCUCUUUUUCUCUAUCUCCUCCUUCAUUACUUCAUUCUAAGCUUUACUAUAUGUAUCCAUGGUGAAAGUUGCAAAUUCACAGUGAAGUCUAGCUUAGCGUUUCCUUAUUCGUUGAUUGUAAUCGUUGGUUGUUAUCAAUAAAACUCCGUUCCA